GGGCGGGGGGGGGGAGAAGGAGAGAGAGAGAGAAAAAAAGGCGCCGCUUCCCUUCACACCGCCAAAAACCCGCUCCCGCCCCGGCGGCUCCCAACAUGGCGGCGGUGCCCGUCUACUGCAUCUGUCGGCUGCCUUACGACGUUACCCGCUUCAUGAUCGAGUGCGACGCCUGCAAGGAUUGGUAUCACGGCAGCUGUGUUGGAGUGGAAGAGGAUGAGGCUCCAUAUAUUGAUAUCUACCAUUGUCCAAACUGUGAAAAAACCCACGGCCAGUCUACGAUGAAAAAGAAAAGGCAAAAGCAUGAGCCAAUCCAUAUUGUGGACAUUGUGCGACCAGUACAGAAUGGAAGUCAGGUUUUCAUAAAGGAACUCCGAAGCAGGACCUUCCCAAAUGCUGAGGAGGUUAUCCUUAGACUGACUGGAACUCAGUUGUCUUUGGAAUUUCUGGAAGAUAAUGGUUUUACAGGACCUGUUUUGGUUGCAAAGAAGGAUGGCUUGGGACUAAGUUUACCGCCGCCUACGUUUUCUGUUAGUGAUCUUGAAAACUAUGUUGGUCCAGAUAGAGUCAUUGACGUUAUAGAUGUUACCAAACAAAAGACUUGCAAAUUGACCGUAAAAGAAUUUGUUAACUACUAUUAUGGUGCAAACCGGAAAAGAGUCCUCAAUGUGAUCAACCUGGAAUUUUCAGAUACCAGAUUGUCCAAUCUGGUCAACGCUCCUGAAGUUGUGAAGAAACUCUCCUGGCUUGAUAAUUUGUGGCCUGCAGAUUCACUUUUUGAUAAACCAAAAGUAACAAAGUUUUGCCAAAUAGGUGUAAAGGAUAGCUACACAGACUUUCACAUAGACUCUGGGGCAUCUGUUUGGUAUCAUCUCCAAAGAGGAGAGAAAAUUUUCUACUUGAUCAAAUCAACUUCUGCAAAUCUCGCUUUAUAUGAACAAUGGAGUUCAUCAUCAAAUCAGAGUGAAAUGUUUUUUGCAGAUCAAGUAGACAGAUGCUACAAGUGCAUCCUGAAACAAGGACAGAGUCUAUUAAUUCCAUCAGGUUGGAUUUAUGCAACGCUAACCCCAGUGGACUGCUUGGCUUUUGGAGGACACUUUUUACACAGCCUAAACAUUGAAAUGCAGAUGAGAGCCUACGAAGUUGAAAAACGACUGAAAAUUAACAACCUUAUCAAAUUUUCAAACUUUGAAACAACAUGUUGGUAUGCUGGCAAGUAUCUGCUUGACACUUUCAAAGGUUUACACAAAUCCGGGAAGCAGCCACUUCCUUAUCUGAUGCAGGGAGCAAAAGCUCUAAAUGCGACUUUCAGGUCGUGGACCAAGAAGCAGGUUAUAGCUAAUCAUGAGGAUGAAAUUCCAGAAACUAUUAAAACAACACAACUCAUUAAGGAAUUUGCCAAAGAAAUUCGAAUAUUAGAGAAUGCAUUAAAAGCAAAUGAAGGUCAGGCGAGUGAGGUGGUUAGUAUGACAAAAAGCCUGCCCGUACCUGCUAAAGUACCAGAACAUACAGGAACAGCAUCUGUUGAAAAGCCAGUCAGAAAGAAAGCGUCACGCGCCAAAGAAGGAGUUAAGAAAAAAGGGAAGAAAGAAAAAGAAAGUUCACCACCAUUAGUCCCCAAACUUGACAUCCCAGAAGCUCACACAAAAGAAGUUUUGAUUAAAAAAGAAGCACCAAAGAAAGGAAGGAAGACUUCAAAGAAAUUGUUGCGUGCGGCAGAGAGAAAGGCUGCAAAUAAUCAGAAUGAUGUACUAAAAUUUGGAAUACAAGAGCAGAACAAAAGCAAAUCUGAAUUGAAAUGGAAGUACAAGAACAGCAAACCAGAUUCUCUGCUCAAAAUGGAAGAUGGAAAAUCCGAGAAAUCACUAUUGGUGGGAAGCAAAGACAAUAGCAAACUCAAGUUGGUCUUCACUAAUAAAAAACUGCUGAGUUGUAAAGGAGUGAAAACCCCGACAAACUCUAAGAAGUCUGAUCAUAUCUUUGGGUGUUUGCAAAAUAUUAAAGACAAACCGAAACUAGUAAGAGAUGAAUACGAGUAUGUGUCCGAUGAUGGUGAGCUGCAGAUUGAUGAGUUUCCUAUAAGAAGAAAGAAAUCUACUUCCAAAAAAAACCUGCCUUUUUUGCCAAAGACCAAAGAGAGUACUGGACGUAUUGGAAUGCGAGAAUUACUAGUCAAGCACAGUUCCAACCAGGCUGACAACUCGUCUGAUGAAGGUUCACUUCAUAUAGAUACCGAGGCAAAGGCAGAUCCAGCUACUGACAAGAAGGCUGACACAGGAAGCUCUGCAGGAAUACUAGAUUUACUACAGGCUAGCAAGCAAGUCGGGGGCCUGGAGUACAGUGCAAACAGCCAACCGCCCGCCUCUCCCAGCACACAGGAGGCCAUCCAGGGCAUGUUAUCCAUGGCAAACCUUCAGUCCUCGGACUCCUGCCUGCAGACAUCAUGGACCAGUAACCAAGUUAAAAAUAGUUCCUCCAUAGUUCAAACGUCAAAGAAAACUAGUAACAAGCUUAAAAAGCCCACAGGGAAGCGGUUAGUCAAAAACACCGUACAGAGCACUAUUGACAUUAAUGACUAUGAGGAAGACCAGGACAGCCUAGGAGCAUGCUUUAAAGAUUCCGAUUACGUUUAUCCGUCUCUUGAAUCUGACGAUGAUGAUCCAGUUUUCAAAUCGAGAUCCAAAAAGAGAAAAAGUUCAGAUACACCUUGGAAUCCUACAGCCAGAGUUACACCAUCUGUUCCUCGACAUGAUAGACCAACACGAGAAGGGGCAAGAGUCGCCUCGAUAGAAACUGGAUUGGCGGCAGCUGCAGCAAAAUUAUCGCAGCAAGAGCAACAGAAAGGUCAGAAGAGAAAAUAUACCAAACGGAAGCUGUCGCUGGAUGACUCGAGUAAAAUCCCUCAGGAAAGCGCUUCAACAGAAAUGAAGACUGACAGCCAUACAGGAAAACGUUUAAAGAAGGGCAUGGCAACUGCUAAACAGAGGCUUGGGAAGAUACUAAAAAUACAUAGGAAUGGAAAACUUCUUCUAUAAAAUUCAGAAUGAGAAACGUUUUGUCUUAGAAUUUAGCCUGACUCGAACGCUGUUAAAUGUGUGACCUAAAGAUUAACACAUUUAGAUCAUUCCGUUUAGAGACUAUAUCCAUUUUACUUGUCUGUGGAGCGUUCUCGGCACAUUUGUAGCACUUGGCUGUUCUUGGCAGGUUGUCUCCAGUUGGCUUGUGGCAUAACCGGGGAAGCUCACUAAAUAGCAUUAAAUAGCAUUUAAUAGGUUUCAAAGAUGUCACAAUAAUACCUUUAACAUCACUGAGCCUUCUGGUAAAGCACUGUGUUAAGCAUUAAAUUACGGAUGGCAGUACCGAGAAUGGAUCUAUCUGUAAAGGCUUUUAUUGUCUUGAAGACUCAGAUUAUUUAAAAUUGUGAACCUGACUCGUGAAAGAAGUCUGUUACAAAACAAGCUAAAUAAUGCACUGCUGCAUUUUAAUCUAAGUUAAUGGAUAUUGUCUCUAUAAACUUGUUUCUCAGGCAAUUCCAUAUUUUAGAUUUAAGGAAACAUUCUUUCUAAAAAAAAUCAUGAUGCGAGCCCUGUAAAUAUGAUCAAAAUACUGACCUUUAUUGCAAAAGACAUACAGGUUGUUGCUCUGUAGCUACCUGUUGCUCCACUACCUUUUUAAAGAUUUUUUUUGUCUUUGCAAUAAAAUGUUUCUUCAGUUUGUUCAUACAAUAAUGGAACUUUAUUUUUUAUAAAAGGCAUUGCCUGAAAAACAGACAUUACUUUUGUGUGGCCUUGCAAAACAGUACGUAAUCACGAUACAUCAGUUUAAAAAGAAGAAGAAAAAUCUACAUUUCAGCGACAAGGCUGUGUGAAUAAGCUUAACACUUGUGUUCUAUUUGAGCUUAUUGUUUUAAACUUUGCAUUAUGAUGCAACAUGAAGUAUUUUGGUCUUAACUAGUGACGUGUUAAUGUGUCUUAAGUCCACGUGACUUACUGUAAUUUAUUAAUAUUUGUAGCUUUUUAUAUUUAUACAUUUCUUAAGCGCUUUGUUUUUUAAAUUUUUCAACUACAGUACUUGUGAUCCUUUUCCUGAAAUUGUGACACAAAAUCUUAGUCUUGAGUUUUCUCCACUUCCCUCCUUCCCUUUUGUCAAUCAUAAGAUUACACAGUUUUUGGCCUUUAAGUGGUAUAAUCCUGCCAGACUAUCUGUGCUUUUUUUUCUAUAUUUAUAAUUUAGAUAAUUAGGGCUUUCUGUGGUAGUUUAUGAAAACCAUUCCUUUUUGCCCUCUUGAGACCACCUUAUAGUUACCUGACACAUUUUUAUUUACAAACUUUAUUUUUUGAAAAAGAAAAAGAAAUUCCUGUAUACUAUUAGGAAAACGUUUAAAGAUAGUUCAUUUUAGCCACAAAAUUCGUGCGUUGACUAUCUUGAUUUUUUUUAUGUGUCAUUUAAAAUUUUUGAUAUGUUUUUAUUGCUGUACAUCAAGAUCAUCAGCUAAAAUAAUGGCGCUUUGUGUUGUAGAAAAUAAACGCUCAAAAUUUAUAUCAGCGAAUUAAACAUUGGGUGGAAAUGGCUGCAGUUAAAAUUUAACAAUGAACCUCAGGAAUUAAGUGAAGCAGGUUCCAGCCAAGACCCUCAGUCCACAUUUUAAGUCCCACAGUAUCUUGUAUAUAGAUUUUUCUUGGAUACUUUGCAUUCUUUUUGAUAAAUACAUCUUCAAUUGGGGGGGAAAAAAGGUCUGGAUGCUUUUAGUAAAAGACAUGAAAUGUAUAUUGAUCAUCUCAGNUUUUUUUAACAGUUUUAAAGCUUCAAUGUGUGUAACAUUGACCCUGGCAUCUUGAACCUCAAGGCACAAAUAAAUAACAUUAAUUGCCCCGGAGAGAGGGCAACUGUGAUAUCACAAAAGUGUUUUAUUAUUAUUAACCCAUUAUCUUGUGUUAGCGUUGCAGGGGUCUAUCAUGCGCUGGCCGCAAUCCUUGCAUUACUAUUUUACCCCUUUAUAAACAAGUCAUGAAAAAAUUGCUAUUUUUAUUGAUUGGUGUGUAUGAUAGACUCUUCUCUCCCCCACCCCAUCUUUUGAACUGAUCCCAGUGAAUUCAAACUUGCCCACACCAAUGUGCUCAUCGACAUGCACGAGUCUUGUACGUUUUCAGGAACUUUGCGUAUAAACCAAGAGAUUGAGGAAUCAUGAAGAAAUUGUAUUUUGGAUUUUAAUUGGGGGGGAAAAAAAAGUCAAUGCAAGAUGAAAUCAGUAGAUACCGAAUGCAUGAGUUGGCCUGGUUAAUUAAAUGAAAGGAAACCUUGAGUAGGUUUAAAACUUCUAUUUUAAAAAUAGUCCCACGUAGAACCAGAGCAAAGGAAUAUUGCCUUGUUUAACCAAAAUGUAUUGUGUAUCAGUAUCCCAAACUGAAGUAUGCUAGUGCAGCUUUCUGUGUGUUACUGUUGUCACAAGCUGAUCUAUUUUAUUUGAUUGUCAGAUUAAAUCUGAAAUCUGUGUUACAUAAAACAUGCAGUCCACUCACUUUAAACUUAUGUUAAGCACUAUCCGUUGAUUUAAUUCUAGACAGCCUUAGUUUGUAUUUAUAAUGUUGGCGUGUGGCAUAAAAUGCAGGUGAAAGAUUAAAUUAAUUACUGAGAUGUACCAGGUUAAACAGGAAACAAAAGGGGAUGCGCUGUGCAAAUGGAGUUGUAUGCUGGUUCUUGCUGUAUAUUGCAGUUGGAAAUGGAUGUUUGUUGGCUGAUAAAGGGCAAUAUGGACUUUCACAGUCGUUAGUUUUGUCAGCGUUUAAUUUCUUUAAGUUGAACUGCACUAUAAAUUGCAACACAAAUCUUUGCAUUUUUGUUUUAGCUAUUAAUGAUGUGUACAUUAUUAAGCAGAGAAAGUAAAUCUCCUACAGCUUGGUACAGUUUAUUCAGCCUUUUCCGUAUGUUAUAUCUGCAGAAUGAAGUGACCAUAUUCUUUCCGAACUUGUAGAGAUUGUGUUUUAAAACUGUUAAAAAAAAUAAAAUCUACAUACUCCUC